UCGCUGCAGUUCACUGCGUUUCCGUAGCCAGCUCGCUACCCGCUGAGCGCUGGCUGGUGAGGCAGCUCGCCGAAGCGAUUGAUCCCGAUCAAAUAACGUUAAAGCUUGCCUCCUGAAUGGCGGAUUAACACGGCUGUCGGAAGGGACACUCUAAAUCAAUGCUUGUGACUCGGGCGCUUUUAGGGAGUGCGUUGGCAACACCCUCCGUAACAUGUGAGAUGUGCAGAGAAAGAUAUUAACUGUGCGUUAUUUCGGCUAACUAGCUAGCAGCUACCCCCGUCUCAAUCCAAUUAAUGGUAGCUCGCUCGGUCUGUUUUCUUCAAGCGUCGCGUCUGUAACGGGGGGGAAAAAAUGAAGAAGUUUAACAUAAGGAAGGUGCUGGACGGCUUGACAGCGGCGUCUUCUUCUUCUUCCUCCUCCUCCGCAACUGCUCAGCCGGGUACUCCCAGGGAAAACGAUGUUGUCCAGGAGACUCUCCAGUCGGAACAUUUUCAGCUGUGCAAGACUGUGCGUCAUGGCUUUCCAUAUCAACCGUCCUCGAUGGCUUUUGACCCCGUGCAGAAAAUCCUGGCCGUCGGGACUCAGACCGGAGCUUUGAGGCUGUUCGGCCGUGCGGGUGUGGAGUGCUACUGUCAGCAUGAGAGCGGUGCUGCUGUCAUCCAGCUCCAGUUCCUCAUCAAUGAGGGGGCGCUGGUGAGUGCCUUAGCUGAUGACAGCAUCCAUCUGUGGAACCUGAGGCAAAAAAUUCCAGCUAUCCUGCAUUCUCUCAAGUUUAGCCGGGAGAGAAUCACAUACUGCCACCUGCCCUUCCAGAGCAAAUGGCUGUACAUCGGCUCAGAGCGAGGAAACAUCCACAUCGUCAACGUGGAGUCCUUCACCCUCUCAGGCUAUGUCAUCAUGUGGAACAAAGCCAUCGAAUUAUCCACCAAGACACACCCAGGGCCUGUUGUGCACAUUAGUGAUAACCCCAUGGACGAGGGGAAGCUUCUGAUUGGAUUUGAGUGUGGGGUCGUGGUGUUGUGGGAUUUGAAGUCCAAGAAAGCUGACUACCGCUACAAUUAUGACGAGGCGAUCCACUCGGUUGCUUGGCACCACGAGGGGAAACAGUUUGUCUGCAGCCACUCCGAUGGCAGUCUGACCACGUGGAAUAUACGCGCCCCGGCCAAGCCUGCCCAGAUCAUCACGCCACAUGGAAAACAGCCUAAGGAUGGAAAAAAGCCAGAGCCGUGCAAGCCUAUCCUAAAAGUGGAGUACAAAACUACAAGAGCUGGUGACCCGUUCAUGGUUCUGUCCGGAGGGCUGUCGUACGACACAGUGGGGAGGAGAGCCUGUUUGACCGUGAUGCACGGGAAGAGCACUACCGUCCUGGAGAUGGACUAUCCCAUUGUAGAUUUCCUAACGCUCUGCGAAACUCCAUAUCCAAAUGACUUUCAGGAGCCUUACGCUGUGGUGGUCCUCCUCGAGAAGGAUUUAGUUGUAAUAGAUCUUGGACAAAUUGGGUAUCCGAUAUUCGAGAGCCCUUACCCUCUCUCCAUCCACGAGUCGCCGGUGACGUGUUGCGAGUAUUUUGCCGACUGCCCCUCUGAACUCAUCCCUGCACUUUACUCUGUCGGCAGCCGGCAAAAACGACAAGGCUACAGCAAGAAGGAAUGGCCCAUUAGUGGUGGAAACUGGGGCCAAGGCACACAGACUUACCCAGAGAUUAUCAUCACAGGGCAUGCUGAUGGGUCAAUCAAAUUUUGGGAUGCUUCUGCGUUAAUGCUUCAAGUGCUGUAUAAGCUGAAGACUGCCAAGGUGUUCGAGAGGGCCCGGGGUAAGGAGGAGAAGCCGAGCACCGACAUCGUGGACGAAGACCCGUUUGCCAUCCAGACCUUGUUCUGGUGUCCGGAGAGCAGGAUGCUGUGCGUGGCCGGAGUUUCUGCUCACGUCAUCAUCUACAGGUUCAGCAAACAGGAAGUCACCACUGAAGUUGUUCAGCUGCUGGAGGUUCGGUUGCAGUGCGAGUUCAGCGAGGUCGACUCCCCGGAUCCGGGGGGAGAGCAGACCCCCACCCUGCCGACCCCCGCAGCUCCCUCCAGCCCUCAGGAGGCCGAGCCCCCGAACCAGCUCACUGCAGGCGUCAACUCCUCCGAAGGAGCCAGAGACAACAUACCAUGCCUUCAGGUGCGGAGCUCCCCGCUGAAGCAGUCUCCGGGCUACCAGGUGGAGCUGGUGGUCCAGCUGGUGUGGGUGAGCGGGGAGCCGCCUCAGCAGAUCACCAGCCUGGCAGUCAACUCCUCCCUCGGCCUCGUGGUGUUUGGGAACAGCAACGGCCUGGCGGUGGUGGACUACGUCCAGAAGACCCUGCUGCUCAACCUGGGCACCUCGGAGCUGUACAGCCCGUCGGACCCCUGCCAGAGGCAGCCCCGCUCCCCGCGGAAACCACGCCAGCCUUCUGGAGGAUUUUGCGACUCCAACGACGGGUCUAACAACUCAGAGGACCGAUGCAAAUCACCCACGUCAGGAUCUACCUCACCCUGCAAUUCAGACGAUGAACGAAAACAGAACUUCAUAGAGAAGGCCAAGAUGUCGCGGAAAAUUAGCUCGUCUGGUGAGCAAAAGCUAGAUCUGGAGGAUCGCUCCCACCGCUGGUCCCCUCGGUUGUGUAAACGGCCCUUUGAUAGUAUGAAAAAUGGCAAGCUGGUGGCCAGGAUGACCCUGAAGUUGAAUGUGCAUAGAACUAAGUCAGACCCGCAACGAUAUGGGAAGGAUAACGCAUUCACCCGCUCGCGUAGCUCAAGCGUAACCAGCAUAGACAGAGAGUCUCGAGAGGCCAUCUCCUCCUUUUACUUCUGCGAGAGUUUCCCCAGGAAGUCGGACAGCCUGGCCAGUCCCUGUCUGCUGGUGGGGACCACGCAGGGCUCCGUGAUGAUGGUGGCCCUCGGCCUGCAGCCGGGCGGCGACCAGAAGCCUCAGCAGACGCUCAGCUUUGCCUCCUGUGGCACCUUGGUCCAACUCAAAGGAGGCAUCCUGACCAUGGCGCUGCUGGAUGCUGCUGGAACUCUGCUGCCCCCUUCCUGCGAAGCGUGGUACGACCCCAACGCCUCAGACGAAGAGAAAGAGAAGGUCCGGAGGCGCAGGCCGGCCACGCCUCCCUCCUCGCAGGAAGGCCAGGACUCCCAGUUUGCCGUGCUGUGUUCGGAGAAGCAGGCCAAGGUGGUGGCCAUGACGUCCCAAACCAUCAUCUACAAACACAACAUCACCGAGACCUCAUUUGUGCUGCGCGCAGACGUGGUGCAGAUGGCCGGGACCUACUGCAUUGCCUGUUUCUGUGCCAACGGCCACAUUAUGUCCCUGAGCUUGCCCAGUCUGCGGCCUCUGCUGGACAUCAACUACUUGCCGCUGACAGAUAUGCGGAUAGCCAGAACGUUUUGCUUCUCUAACUUGGGCCAGGCUCUGUACCUGACCUCCCCCACCGAGAUCCAGAGGAUCACCUACAGCCAGGAGACGUGCGACAACCUUCAGGAAAUGCUCAGCGAGUUAUUUACCCCCGUGGAGACGCCGGAGGCUCCGAACAGAGGCUUUUUCAAAGGCCUUUUUGGCGGAGGAGCUCAGUCUCUGGACAGGGAAGACCUCUUCGGCGAAACGACGGCCGGCAAGGCCUCGCGUAGCCUGGCCCAGCACAUCCCGGGCCCCGGCAGCAUGGAGGGCAUGAAGGGCGCGGCGUCCGGGGUGGUGGGCGACCUCGCCCGCGCCCGGGUGGCGCUGGACGAGAGAGGGCAGAAACUGGGAGAACUGGAGGAGAGGACGGCAGCCAUGAUGGCCAGCGCAGAGUCCUUCUCGAAACACGCCCACAACAUGAUGGUGAAGUACAAAGAUAAAAAGUGGUACCAGCUCUGAUGACAGCGAGCGGAGCGCUGGACUCUGUCAUGCACACCAGUAUCUCCGGGGAACUGGGGUUCCUCCUCUUUUUUUCUUUUUUUUUCCCCUGUUUUUUUCCGUGCGGGCGGGCUGGGGGUGCUCUGCUCAACAGAAUCAUGCUCUUUCUCUCAGCACAAUAAUCUUCACUCUCCAUCACUCCAGUCAACACAGACGAGAAGCGAGCUCCUUGGCUUCUCUUCCUCCGUUUCACCCGACAACGAUAGAAGAUCGACGUAUAUCCACAACUGUUGCUUGUCGAGCGAAGACGGGAAGGGAGGAGGGACAAUUCUGCAAAUGUAAUGUACUCUGGGUGGCCUGGCUGCACUUUCCCACCCCCCCACCCCCUUUUUUUUCCUUUCGAAGCCCUUUAUUGUGUCUGCCAAACACAGCGAACUUAAACGAGGAGAAAAGUCUGAUCCUUCGAAACGAAUCGAGUGAACACGUGAGGCUCCACAGGAGUGACUGGGAAGGACUUCUGUUUAGUUUUUCUGUCCUUUUUCUCUGUUUUCUCCAUCUAGAAAGGGCCUUGAAGCACUUAGAGUAGUAGAGUAGAUAAAUUGGACAGACAGAUGUCUGUUGCCUCUUAACUGAACAAGGGCUGGUAGUUCAGUAGUUUGCCAUCGACAUUUUCACGGCUACCGAGUCGCUUUUCGGGCGAGAAUGUUUUCUGAGUCACUUUGGUUUUUAUUUAAGGUAGAAAAAUGUUUUGGCAUUGAAGAUUGUGUGUUGGGCAUUAAAAGAUAAAGUGCUUAAAAUGAUUACCCCCAAUGAAGAGUGUACAUUGUUCUCCAACAAAUGAGUUGAGACACUGGAAAACCCCCGAGUGCUGUAGUCAGAUCUUGUGACAGGCUAAACAAAGAUUGUUGGUAGUUUAACAAGGAUAAAUGUUGGGGUUUUUUUAGAAGUUUUCUGAGAUAAAAAAUCAACCCUUUUUUUCCAUCCUGGUGUGGCUGAAGAUGAUUUUUAUCUUUUUUUUUGUUUUUUUAGAUGCACAUGGAAGAAAAAGCGUAUUUCUCUUACAGCACAACGGAAGUGGUGAUGCUGUUUGUGUUGGUAGACAUGACCGAGCACAGUGACGUGCUCCACACAGUGCCACAGCUCGUCUCUCUAUGAACUGCUCUUUUAAACACUCUCUCUCUCUUUUUUGUUUUGUUUUUGUUUGUUUGCCUUUGCCUCAUGAAGCGUAAACGCUAACCUCUAGCUAUGUGUACGCUACUGUGACUUGCAAAAGUAUUCAUCCCUUGUGAGCUUUUCCUCAUCAAAGAAGAGCGUAGUUGUGAAGGUUUGGGAGUAUUUUGGAUGGUUUUCGUGUUUAUAAAUUCAAAUUUGUAAAUUGUGGUAUGUUUUGGUUUUCAGCCCUGUCUUUACUAUGAUUUGUUUUGGUGUGUGAUUUUAACAUUUUGCCACAGAGCUUCAACGAACGUUGACUAGAUUGUUCUAACAAAGCAACAGAUUGUAAUCCAAACCUUUGACUGUAUGCUUUGGCUCGUCAUCACUCUUCGCCACAGAACUCUGUUGCAGCUUCCGUUCAAUACGAAAAGUCCCACAGCAUGAUACUCCCACCGCCAUGGUGUUUUUAGGGUGACGUGCAAUGUUUUUGACUCCAGUCUGCUGUGAGAUGUUCAAAACUGAAGCUUCUUCACCUGACCUGUCCCCUCUUUUUUUUUUUUUUGGUCUUUGUGAUAUUUGUUUGCAAUUGCUCUUAGCAGGUGAGCCAUAUUUUAUUCCAGGCCUAAAUUACACACAGUUCCACUCCAUUUGCUAAUUAGGUUGCACUUUUUAUUUAGUGGUAUCUUAAAAAAAUGAGGUUGGACAGACCACAAUUUUUUAAGAUUUUCAUUGAGGACAAUGAAGUUUGUAACAUAGUAAAGUAAAAAAAAAA